AUGAGCACAGAAAACUCUUCCAAGAAUUUCAGCCUCCUAGAUAAACAGGUGGCUAGUGAAGUGCUCUUACUGGAUCUCUUUGCCUGCUGUCGUGCGUAUGCACAAUACCCUUUGCCUGACAUUGAAGAUGCAAAGUUCAUUGAAGACUGUGUGAGCGCUCACAACAACUUUCGAUCCAAAACGAAUCCACCAGCCAGCAAUAUGUUUCGCAUGAGAAUCAUGGAGCGUUUACUGGAGCAGCGAUACGCAAUCAAAUUUUGUGUAAAACUUGGUAAAACGGGCAAAGAGACUCACAACAUGAUUAAGGAGGCCUAUGGUGUUGCUGCCAUGGUCUUCAGAAGACUGCGAAAACGCAUUGCUCGUGUCCGCCCAGCCAUCGUCAACAAUUGGCGGCUGCACCAUGACAACGCGCCGAGCCACACAGCGUUCCGCGUAGUGGAGUAUCUUGCCCAGCACAAGGUGGCAACGCUGCCUCAGCCCCCCUACAGCCCCGACUUGGCCCUGCCAGACUUUUUCCUAUUCCCGAUAAUAAAAUCGAUGCUCAAGGGGAAGCAUCACGCAUCAGUAAAAGCGCUUCAAGAGGCCAUGAAGAGGGAGCUAAACAGCAUUCCAGUCCAGGCGUUCCUGGAGGAGUAUGAAAACUGGAAAAAUCAUUGGCAGCAGUGUACUUGGGAUCCAGAUUUGGCGAAGACUGCGAAAGCUUGGGCGAAGAGAUGCCAGUUUAAACAUAACAUGUACCUCAGAGAGCCAGGGCAGACUCACCCCAGGUUUGCCUCUGUUGGAGAAAACAUCUGGACUGGCUCGUUCUCGAUAUUUUCUGUGAAAGAAGCCAUCACCUCCUGGUACAAUGAGGUCAAAGACUACAAUUAUACCACCAAUAGUUGUAGAAGAGUGUGUGGCCAUUACACACAGAUUGUUUGGGCUCGAAGCUACAAGGUUGGCUGUGCUGUCCACUUCUGUCCCACGGUGCAGUACUUCUCAGGAAAAAAUGCAGCACUCUUCAUCUGCAACUACGGGCCGGCGGGGAAUUAUGGCUGGCACCCCUACGAGACGGGAGCAGCAUGCAGCAAAUGCGAGGGCGAUCAGUGUGCCAAGAACCUGUGUCGAAACCCAGAGCGUGACAAAGUCAUUAGUGAUUCCAAGUGGUAUCCAGCCUGGGACAGACCUGCCUGUGAUGAGUACUGCAUUUCUGUGGUUGUUUUAAGGCUGCUCUUCUUUAUUCUGACAAUCCCAGCCGCCUGGAUCCUGCCCAAGUACUGGUCUAUAGCACCUGCCAGCGAGUAGCGCACAGGAGACUGCGAGAGCAUUUGGGUUGAUUUUUUCCUUUC